UGCAACUUUCCUGCUUGGCAGGAUAAAGUCAUUUCUUCCUUAUCACCCCUCUUUUCUUUAUGCAUCCAGAAUGUCUCAUGGCUUUUCUUAAUUAGCCCCCGGAUAUCCCCCUAGCCUCUUUCUAAUGCCGAACUUGUGAUGGCUGUUGUGUUACUCUUCACUACUUUUCUGGGGAAAUCCCCCGCAGCAGGCGAUCUCUGGGCUAACAGAAGAAAUAGCCUGUUCGGCUCUUGAAGUGCUCAUGGGAUAUGUUGUGUAUCUGUCUUGGCGAUUCGCAAUGAUUGAGCAUGCCGGCAAUGGGGCAGCUGGCAGGUUGUUUCUUACUAUAUGAUAUUUGACGGUUUAUCACUCCCCAGCUUUCUUUGCCCCCAGGUGUCCCUUUCUUUAUUAUUCGCAUCACUCAGCUUUGCAAGAUGGCUGUCAUUUCGAAAUUUCUCGCUGUUACGGCCCUGUGCCUAUCUUCUCUCAUUUCCAUGGCUGCGGCGCAUCCAGGCGAGCACCAUGAUAACCUCGAAAUUAUUAGAGAGAUCAAGGCGAGGAGUAUUGAGUUUGAGAACCAGCAGAGAGAACUUCAGUCCGCUUGCGAGAACAGUGAAGAAGCACAGGCGAGGAAAGAACGUGCGUAUGCUCGUCGUGCUGUCACAGUUCAGCGAUUGCGGAAGGAGCGAGGUCUUGAAGAUGAGCCAAUCUUGCACCGACGUACUCUUGCUCAGUUCAAAAAUUGGCAGUCAAAGGGCCACGACAGGACUGCAACGCACAAGUACAACAUGUCAACCCCAACUUCCGUUCUCUUUGGGUCCAACACUAGCUGUAUCUUGACUCCAGAUAAUGCCAACGGUCCAUACUACGUACUUGGCGAGCAUAUCCGUACAGAUGUUAGAGAAAGCCAACCAGGCAUCCCGCUCCACCUUGAGAUGCAAUUCACCGAGGUAUCUAAUUGCAAGCCUGCGGUGCCACUUGUUGUUGACAUCUGGUCUUGUAAUGCGUCUGGAAUCUACAGUGGAGUUAGUGGAGCUGGUCAAGGUGGUUUGAAGACGACAUUCCUACGUGGAGUUCAGGAGACCGAUGCAGAUGGUGUUGUGUCCUUCGACACGAUCUUCCCCGGUCACUAUAGCGGACGCGCAAGCCAUGAGCACAUUCUUACUCACUCCGGCGCAACGAUAUUGCCAAACAAGACGUUCAGCGGAGGUCAUGUCUCUCAUCUGUCACAACUCUUCUUCGACCCAGCCCUCAUCGAUGCAGUGGAAGCUACAGACCCGUACAAUAAGAAUCGAAUUACAAGAACCUCCAACGACGCAGAUGGCUACACUGGCUAUGCAGCGACCUCCGCUUAUGAUCCAUUCGCGGAGUACAUCAUGCUGGGAAGUAAACUUUCGGAUGGUUUAUUCAUGUGGGCUGACCUUGGCAUAAAAUCUACGAACAACUGGGACACCUAUGGUACUCAUGCAGCAGUACUAGGCGCUGAUGGUGGGAAGGAUAACCCGAAGUUCAAUAUGGGCAUUGUUGGCACUCCUCCAAACACACACGGAUAAAAUGGUUUUAACUUUAAGCCUUUUCGAAAUGUACAUAAGUUUUGUGCUACUGGAAUCUAUCUCCAACUUAGAUUUCUCAAGUACGCUGUCUAAAGAGUACUAUGUACAUAGCUGUUGGUCUGUUCAAUACACGGG